AUGGAUCGAGCAGAUGCCAAUCCGCAGGUUUCAUCAAGCAAUGUCUCCUCAGCCACAAGCUCUCCACUUCCCUCGAGGGAGCCUUCUCCGACCAGGUCUUUAAGACAAUCUAUUGCCGCGGCGAGGAAUCCCGCAGGCUCCGGGACGCGCUCGCGCAAGAACAGCCAUAACGAUUCUAGGGCCGCGACACGUAACAACGGCGUGUCUGCACAACUGCAACAGAAGAACCUCUUUGGAGCAACCACGCCCACCCUCAUGCCCACCUCGGCCGAACCGAAUCCCAGGUCCUCGUUGCCCCAAAAAACGUCUCCUACCGCUCUCGUUCUCGAGCCGCAGCGUGACUUGCCCAGGUGGCCGGUCUCGCCUCGUCUUAGAUCCCCGCCGCCUAUAUUGAACAAGCCCCCCGUCGUCAAUUUUCAAAGGUCUACGCCUCCUUUGCCCUCAGAUCAGAGCCAUUCGGAUGUUGAGGCCGAUGAGGGUUAUUUACAACCGGGUAUGCGAACACCGGCUCGAGCUGCCAAUACUACAACUUCAACCCUGGAAACCGUGCAGGAAGUGAGCCCGCUUGCAUCACCAUCAUUAGAAGCCAUCGGCGCUGCUCUGGAGAAUUUACAAGAGAGCCUUGCCGCAGAGGGGAGCUCUCAGGUCGAUCCUACCGAGUAUUUAGCUAGCCAAGCCAGCAAGGCCGAAAGUGGAAGCGAAUACGGUACCGUUCGAAGAUCGAAUGUGACGUCCGCACCUCCUCAGCUUAUAAGUCGGCAGUCUAGCACAUCAAACCUUGCGAGGAGCGCAAAGAACAAAGCCAGCGAGGGCACAGUCAAGACCAUGACAGUCGAAACCGAGACCGUUACAUCUAUUCCGAGUGUAGCAUUGGCUCCAUCAGGAAUUCAGGGAUCCAACGGGAGUCUGCGGACGAAGCCAAGCUCCGAGACGAUCCGUCCCAAGAAGGAAAAGAAGAAGUCGGCUAGGAAACAGCAGGCGGUUCAGAAUAGUGCCGGUGAGACCAUGAGCCCGACAAAUGCCUAUAUUGCUGCAGAUGCGGCCGGCGUGCCCCAGCUGAGGCAUUAUCCAUCGAGCAGAUCCGUCUCGGGAGGGAACGACAUCUGCAUCUUCUCCCCGACAUGGGCUGCGAGCGGUCAAGGCCCGCCUUUUGAUAAUGCCACGAGUCCCCGCAGGUCAUCAGCACCGACGGGAACUAGAAGCCAUAGCAUCACAGCCUUGCAUCGAAUGAACCAUUUGCUAACUCUGAGGCCACUCCAUUCAGCAUCGUCCAAAGCCGAUAACUUCGAAGCCAAGAUUGCCAGUGCCGUCGACGAGGCCGACACGUCCGACUCGGAGGAAACGUUUGUUUAUGAUUCUAACCCUCCAGAUGCCCGCGACAGGCCGCACUCCCACCGGUUCCACUCGCGCACUCCGAGCGCCGCGUCAAUGGUGAGCCAACUUGCCGCUGACCGGAAUGGCAUGCGCUCUAUACAUAGCGUCAUGGAGGGUCAUGCUCCUGCAGCUAGCCUAGCACUCAAGAAGAAGAAGUUCUCCAACUCUUACAGCACCAGCAGCAAUAACGCUGGGUCGGGCCCAACGGCUGACGGCAGUCCGAUGCUACAUGCCAACGAGGAUGAUGGACAUGCUAGGGGAGGCUCGUCGAACCAGGGCUCGGCUCGGGGCACGGCGCAUCGCCAACCUCACCACCAUUUUGGCGUUUGGGGUCGUAAUGCCGGAGGCAAUGGGCAUACGUAUCUGUUCGACAAUGAAUCUCCUUUUAGUUCUGGUCACAAAACAAGGCUAUCAGGUAGUAGUGGGGCCGUCGGCUCUGUGCGACCCUCGCCUGGUCCACCGAGUCCUCGCUUUACCAACUUGUCGUCACCUCGAAAUGCUGCGGGAAGUGGCAAAAAGAACCAGGGCUACGGCGCUAUGGGGAUGUACGAUCUCGACGAUACGACCACAACAGGUGCAGACGACGAGCGGGCAUCGCUAUUGCCCAGCUCGGUUCGAUCUAACAGGUCUCGCCGAGGGCCUCGUUCUUAUCAUCAUCACUCGCUAGGUGGAGGCCACCAUUUGCCCCAUGUACCCUACCGCCAACACCUCCACGGACACCCGCCGUCGUUACUGAAUAGAAUGGCCAGCUGUCUUGUACUGGCUGUUAUGCUUCUGCUGGUUGUUUCGGGGGCCAUUGGCUUCAUGUUUGCCACGUCUCAACCGCUCACCAACGUUGAGCUCGUCAAGAUUGCAAACGUCAUCGCGAGCGAACAAGAGCUCAUGUUCGACAUGACGCUCAAGGCACAAAAUCCAAAUGUUGUCGUUGUCGUGGUAGAUUCCUCAGACCUGGAAAUAUUUGCCAAAUCGCCGCAUGCAGGAACUGAUGCCGACUGGAGGCCCGCUGAAACCAGGCCAAAGCCAUCCCGGCCUCGCCCAUCGAGACGAAAAGUUAGAGGGCGUGGGGUAUCUGGUAACUUGCCAUCGUCGUUGGCCCCGGUAGACUCUCUCGACGAACCAAACAGCGAUCAGCCGGCUGACGACACGGCUCCCAACAUGCGCUUGGGCACGAUCUUUGACCUGGACCAGCCGUUCUCCUUCGAAGGAUCUUUCUUCAACAAGGGAGCCUCAAUCUCUACAGGUGGUCUUCGGUUACAACGACCUGGCAACGGAACCGAAGGCGGCACGGAAAGAUGGGAACGUAUAGUGGAGGACGAAUUUGAUCUCAUUCUCAAGGGUGUGCUCAAGUAUACCCUACCCCUGAGCCAGCGCGUUCGCACCAUUGCCAUUGCUGGCCGCACCAAAGUCAAACCAAACUCGGCCAACGAUCCGGGAACGGGGCCGAAGAAGCCUGACUAA